CUCCUGCUGCCACCUCCUUGGGUCUGCCUGAGCCUCCUUUGCCUCUUAACUCUAGGCCUUACGCUGCUCGCCAUGGCUCUCUGGAUCCGAUCGCUGCCUCUCCUGGCCCUUCUUGCCCUUUCCAGCCCAGGGACCAACCAUGCAGCUGUCAACCAGCACCUCUGUGGCUCCCAUUUGGUGGAAGCUCUCUACCUGGUGUGUGGAGAGAGGGGUUUCUUCUACUACCCCAAAGCCCGGCGGGAUGUUGAGCAGCCUUUAGUGAGUGGUCCCUUGCACGGGGAGGCAGGAGAGCUGCCCUUCCAGCAGGAGGAGUUUGAGAAAGUGAAGCGAGGGAUCGUUGAGCAAUGCUGCCACAACACCUGCUCCCUCUACCAGCUGGAGAACUACUGCAACUAGCAGCGAGGCCAAGG